AAAGCUAAUCCAAGCCUGGGGGAAAAUGGGAUUUCUGAGCACUUUGUUGGGAAUCAUCGGCUUUGGGAUUGGAACUUCCGUUGGACUCCUGGUUGGAUUCUUUCUCCUCAUUUACUCUAAGCCCAAACCUGUAAAGGAACCAAUUACGAGGUCGAUUUACGAGCUAGAUAACGAUGCUUUGCUUGAUAUUCUACCGGAUAUUCCGUUAUGGGUAAAACGUCCCGAUUAUGAGAGAGUGGAUUGGCUGAACAAGUUUGUUACCGAUAUGUGGCCGUACCUCGAUAAGGCAAUUUGUGCACAAAUAAAAAGCAUUACCGAACCCAUGAUCGCCGAGUAUUUCGGGAAGUUUCAAAUAGAAGCCUUCGAGUAUGAUCAUCUAAGUCUGGGAACCAUUCCUCCGGAAAUUCACGGUCUUAAAGUCUCUGAAACAAAUGAGAAACAACUAGUCUUGGAACCAGCAGUUCGAUGGGCCGGCAAUCCGAACAUAGUUUUGGCAUUGAAGCUGUUGUCGUUCCGAGUCACCCUUCAGUUGAUCGAUUUACAAAUAUUUAUGGCACCACGGAUUACUUUGAAACCUUUUGUACCUACCUUACCAUGUUUUGCAACCGUUGCGGUAUCACUCCUCGAGAAGCCUGAUGUAGACUUCGGGAUGAACAUACUCGGAGGCGAUAUUAUGGCUAUACCCGGACUUUAUCAGUUUGUCCAGAAAACAAUUAAACGGCAAGUCGCAAGGCUCUACAUCUGGCCGCAAACAUUAGAGAUGCCGAUUCUUGAUUCUGCGACAGUGGCUGUAAAGAAGCCUGUCGGAAUACUACAUGUAAACGUUGUGCGGGCGCAAAAGCUCAUAAAGAAGGAUUUACUUGGGACGUCGGACCCUUACGUCAAGUUAAAACUUACCGGAGAGAGCCUGCCGGCAAAGCAAACAACCAUCAAGAAGAGGAAUUUGAAUCCGGAAUGGAACGAGAAGUUUAAGCUUAUCGUGAAGGACUCCGAGUCUCAAGUUCUUCAGUUGCAAGUCUUCGAUUGGGACAAGGUCGGUAAUCAUGAUCGGCUCGGAAUGCAGUUCGUCCCCCUGAAACAUCUUACUCCCUACGAGACGAAGGAAUUCAAACUCGAUUUGCUGAAGCACACUUAUAGUUAUGAUCCUCGAGAUAAGAAACAAAGAGGGAAGAUUGUGGUUGAGCUAACGUAUGCCCCAUUUAGGGAAGAUAUCAUCAAAUUAGAAGGGACACAAGACGGAUACGGGAGAAAGGAAAGCGGACUCAACGGGGGAUAUUCCAAAAGCGAAGCCUAUAGCGGAGCAGGUCUGCUUUCGGUUCUGGUUCAAGGAGCCGAGGACGUCGAGGGCGAACACCACAACAACCCUUACGCAGUCGUUUUUCUCCGAGGAGAGACGAAAAGGACAAAGAUGAUCAAGGGAACCCGGGAUCCCGUCUGGAACGAAGAGUUUCACUUCAUGCUCGAGGAACCUCCUUUAAACGAGAAGAUCCAUAUCGAAGUCAUGAGCAAGCGGACAGGCUUUAGUUUCCGAUCGAAGGAACAUCUCAAAAAUGUCGAUAUCAAUCUUAUCGACGUCGUCCAUAACGACCGGAUAAACCAGAAAUACCACCUGAUCGAUUCGAAGAACGGAGUGAUACAUGCCGUGAUAAAAUGGACGACGGCUUGACAAAUAGGAAAUGGAGUAUAACAUAUGUAAAUUGGUUUUGCAGUAACAAUUUAAAGAUUUGAGGAUAAAAUGGAUAAAACAUGUAAUGAGAAAUAUAGGAAGACGACCUCUGCGAGAGA